UGUGAGGGAGGGAGGGUCGGGCCUGGCCGGGCCGCGGGGGCGAUGCUCGGGCCCGGACACAGGCCGCGGGGCUCCGGCUACGUGGAGCAAUACCUGGACAGUGUGGAGGCGCUGCCCCUCGACCUGCAGCGCAGCGUGUCCCGCCUCCGGGAGAUCGACACCCGGUACCGCGAAGUUCUAAAGGAGCUGGAUGAUGCUUAUGACAAAUACAAGCAAGAGAUGGAUGUUGCUCAGAGGAAACGGUUGCUGCAGCAUCUGCAGUUGGCGUUAAUCAACAGCCAGGAGCUGGGUGAUGAGAAGAUUCAGAUCGUUACGCAAAUGAGUGAGCAGGUGGAGAACUGUGCCAAGCAAAUGGACAGCCACUCGGAUUGCUUCGAGGAGCCGAGCGAACACGAAAAGCCCGUGGAGAAAGCCAAGGUGGCGGAGGCUCCCCAGGCGGAGCGGCCUUCCAGGCGCCCGCGCCGGCAGAAGAACAGCGAGAACCGCGAGCUUUGCCACCCGGGCAACGACACGGAGGAAGGGGACGAGCAGCCCAAGGAGAAGAAGUCCAAGUCGGCAAAGAAGAAGCGCUCCAAGGCCAGACCCGAGCGGGAGAUCUCCCCCAUUGACUUUCCCAUCGACCCCAACGAACCCACCUACUGCUUGUGCAACCAGGUCUCCUACGGGGAAAUGAUCGGCUGCGACAACGAGGAGUGCCCCAUCGAGUGGUUUCACUUCUCUUGCGUGGGACUAACGUACAAGCCGAAGGGCAAGUGGUACUGUCCAAAAUGCAGGGGCGACACUGAAAAGACAAUGGACAAAUGCAUAGAAAAAUCCAAAAAAGACAGGAGGUCAAGGUAGUGCAGUCCUCCGAUUUUAACAUUUUCAUACCUGUAUCAUGUAAAAGCAUAUUGGCUUAAAUUGUAUGUGGAACUAUGCAAUUUUUACUGUAGUAUUAAACAUUGCUGAAUUUUCA